UCUGAGGGGCUAUAAGACCCCCACCCCUCCAGUCCCAUCUGGUUUGUCAGAGGCUCCACAGCGCGUCCAAAACUCACAAACUCUGAGGCACGACAUGGUCCGGGACUCUUCAUAGAGAGGGGGCUGUUGCAAAGACAUGGACUUUCAUCAAAUGAGGCUUUAAGACAGCUAAACUCGCUGGAUUGGAUGUUUAAGCCGACGUUGGAGCACUGAAAGAAGGGAGUUUGAAUUGUUCCCUGAUUGCGUUCCCAGAUGACAGCUCUUUUUUGAACUCCACCCCCUCCCCUUCUAACAUGACCACGAUGGUGAACGCUUCCGACUGCACAGACUGGCCUCCAGUGCCCAUGACUACAAUCAUCCCCUCCAUCUACAGUGUUAUUUGUGUAUUGGGCAUCAUUGCCAACACCCUGGCCGUGUGCGUGUUGGCCCACGCGAGCGCUUCAAGGAGAACCGUAGCCAACACGUUCAUGCUGAACCUGUGCGUGUCUGACCUUCUGUUCCUGUUGUCUCUCCCGCUGUGGGCUGUCUACUACUCACAAGGCUACAGCUGGCCCUUUGGACGCAUGGCGUGCAAGAUCUCUGGAGCGCUGCAUAACCUCAACCUGUACGCGUCUAUCUUCUUCAUCACAUGCAUGAGCAUGGACCGCUACUUAGCUUUGGUGCACCCGCUACGCUCUCAGAGCGCACGAGACCCCAGACGUGCCAAGCUCAUGUGCAUCCUGGUGUGGGUUCUGGCAUGUGCUUGCACUGCCCCCACCAUGGCUCUGAGGGACACUCACUACAUUGAGGCAUUGGGUGUGGAGGCUUGUGUGAUUCUCUAUCCAGAUAAUACCUGGUAUCGAAGCCUGUCCUGGAUGAAAGUACUGCUGGGCUUCCUGCUACCAAUGAUCAUCAUCUCUUGUUGCUAUUGUGCAAUUGGUAGACACUUGUUGUCUGGGUCUGGGCUCAUAAGAAUGCAGAAACCAUCACGCUAUGGUGGCACAUGUAAAUCCUCAGGGUCACAGGACAGCUGCAGUAAACCAGAGGGACCCCCGACCCCAUGUGUGAACCCCAGUCCCAGUGGAGGCAGACCCAUGGAGGGAAGAGGGCUUGAAAGGGUCUUGUGGACUGUGGCUGCUGUUGUCUUGGCCUUCUUCUUGUGCUGGUUCCCCUUCCACUGUGUGACAUUCAUAGACAUACUAAAGAGUGGAGACUGGUUGGACAGUUGCUGGACAGAUUGGGUCAUCCAUAACCUCACCCCUCUAACCCUCUGCUUGGGCUUCUCCAACUCUACCAUCAACCCGGUGCUUUACUGCUUCAUCGGGAACCAUUUCCGAGGCCGCCUGGGGGCCCUUAGUAAGGGCCUGUGUGUGCGUUUUAAAGCUCGUGAGGAGGAAAACAGUCAGAAGAGGGGCUCCUUCAGCACAAGGCUCAGUUCUUUCUCACGAAAACUCAGUGACCUGAAAGAUCUGGCGAUUGUUGAAGCCUCCGCUCAUGCUUCGGCAACUGGCGAAACUUAACACUGGGAAAUGAAACAAGAAUUGAUUCAAUUUAGUCUGAAAAUUGUCGGUUGCUUUGCCAGUUGUAGGAAGAACAGAUUGUGACUUCAGAUUCCAAAGCAAAGAGGAAAUGAAGAAGUACAGCUUGGGGUCUUUCAGGAUGACACAGGUUUCAAGGGCUUUCUGCACAAAACCUUCAAGCACAUCCUCUACUUUGCAAAUCUUACAUGUGGAGCCCAUCGCGGAACAUGCUACGUGUUGGCACAGUACAGUACAAGACCACGGGAUGAUUUAUCUGCAGUUACUUGCACAAAAUAAGAAAGCUGCUGCACCUAUCGCCUAGUAACUAAAUCAGCACCUUGGAAUACUAUUAUAUUGCUUUCCAGUACCUUUAAGUAGCUUUGGUGACUCCAUGUUCCAUAUCAGGUUCCAAUAGGUCAGUGACAAUUUCUAAUGAUUUGGCAGUUUGAUUGCUUUGGUUUCAUCUUACAACUGGACAAUCUACCCAUGGUACAUGUCACACAGCAUAUACGUAGCCACUGCAGUUUAAUGAGAUUCAGCCUUUGCAAAGAUAACGAUGCUUAGAUUCGAUUGAUAUGUUGAAUAUUAUUAUAUUGUGGUUUUCAUUGGUAUACCAAGCUGUUUCUAAUAUUACGACUCUCUUCAUAUCCAUAUCUCCUGUAAUACCUACUGUACCCGUUGUUACGUCAGCAGGUUAAAAUGUUUUCUGUUUUUCAACUUUACAUUUCCUUAUCCAAUCAUACCGUCGGCUGAUAUGACAAUAUAUUUUAUAUAGUGUGAAUGACAUAAUAAUGUCUUAUUUUGUAUAGUUAAGCACAAAACUAUUCAUACCGUCGUCAAAUUCUGUGUUGAAGUGACUUUUGAAUGGAUCUCUUCUGUCUAAUAAUGAAAUAAACAUCAAACGUUAUGAGAUAGGAAUAAGAGAUUUCAUAUUUUAUGGACAUGUUUCCUCUCAACACAGGCAGGUUCUAAGCUGACUUGAAUCGUCUAGAUCAGGGGUUUCAAAAGUGCGGCGCUUGCAUUUUUUUUUUUUAUAGGCCUUUGCAGAUUGAAAAAAUAAAACGAAUUCAUUAUUGAGAUAUAUUAUUAGAUACUCGACUCAUCAGCUUCAUUCCAUCUGCCUCUGUCUACAUAUUUUUGUCAAACUGUCAUACGGCUGCAAAUUAAAUGUAGUUUUGGCCAUGGACGGUAGCCAGAAAGCAUGAGCAAUGUCAAAAUCCUUUUAAAAAAAAUGUCUGCUUCAGUAUGAGUAACAAAAGGUGUGUAAAGUCCAUUUUUGACACACAAAACCUCGCAAUGUUGACUCUUUUGUAGUUUUUACACAACAGUUGCAUUGUCAUGACUUCCUGGCGUCAGACUUCAUCUACUUGAAAAAAGUAGGGCCAUUUUUUGCAUCAUUUUAUCUCGUAGAUCAAACAGGAGUAGUCUUUGUUUGCGCAACAUUAAUUUUGUAGGUGAAGUCGAUUUACUUUUGCAGGUGAUUACAACUUACUUUUACAAGUCGACUUGUACAAAGACUACGGCAUAGAAUGAUGCAAAAAGUUGCCUUUUCUCAGUUGAUAAAACAUAUUUUAGUCACGAUGAGCUAGCUAAAUCAACUAUGUUGUCUAUGUCUUAGUCAGUCUGCCCAGUAUAAACAUUUACUUUCUGUUAGCCAUUAGCUAUGGUGUGUUAGCGGCCAACCGCUGAUGCUUACUUGAAAUUACAGUCAUUACAUUUGAAUAAAGUAUUUUAAAAUAACUUGCUAACAUUCGCUUCACAUAAGUGGUCUUUUGAAGCCUCUUGCUGUUGUUAAUUCAAAAUAACGUCAAGAGCCCCCGGCUAUUUUACUUAUUAAUUUCUCGAACAAUAUCAAACCUGAAAGACUGUAAUAAUUAACCAACUGUAUCACAAACAUUAGUUCUUACCUUAAAGUCCAGUCUCCUACUUUUCGAAUUUCUAGUGACUUUUUUCAAUGUACACUCAAUGAAACUGUUACAACAACUGCUAUGCUAGCUAGGCUAGUUCCGAAAGUAUAUUUAGAUCACUAUUACUAUGAUGUGGGACUACUAUCACACUUCCACAUGCCUAAUAGCCAUGAAAGUCUACAAACCAAUAAGCUUCCACCUGAGUAACGGUGAAAACAGCAAAAUAACAAACAAAAAAAAAGCCAGAGUAGCAUCACCAAUUGCGAUCCAAAGCUGGAUGUUGGAAAAUUUGAGCAUUUCCAAAGUUUGGGACUGCUCACGCCACCUGUCAACAUCUGUAAACCUGUAACAAAGUCCAAAAAACAUUGUUAAACGGUGCAGUGGGACAGAGCUUUAAGAUGUGGAUGUUUUUGGAUAGCUUAGCAUAUACUGACCUACUUUACAAUGGUUUCCGCAUCUUUAAUGUACAAAAUGUACCAAAGUGGGCGCCCGCAUCAUUUCAUUUAUCUGUAUGCAGCACUGACUGGAAACAGGUUGGAUACCCCUGAUUUAGAUGAUGCUAGUUAGACAUCUGGGAUAUGAAUCAUUUUAAAAACCUAUGAAAAUGUGAUAUUAACAAUCCAAAAACAUAAAAACAAUGCAAAUAUUGAACAUCAGCAUUUUCAGUCCAAAGAUAACCAUAGAAUAAAUAUUUGGCUCAAAAUUUGGCCAGGAUAUGAAUAAAUCUGUGCUUAACUGUCAGAGAAUGUAAUCCGGAUGUAUUGAUUCUUCACUUUUGACUCUCUUCAGUCCACAACAGGCCUCAUAAAAGGUACAGUUUUGACAUUACUUUGAUGUGUAAUCUUAUACCAUGUCACACUCUUGGAAUUUCUUUCAUAUUUUGCUUCUUUCCAUACCUUAAUUCUAAAAUAAAGUGCAAAAAUGUCUCCAAAAACAGAGACAAACCCAUGUGGAGUGCAUUUAGUCUCCCUCCCCUUUACAAUGACCUGACAUGAAUUGCACCUAUCAAGGCCUGAUAUCAGUCUCAUACAAACACCCCUGUGAUGCAUUCCAGUGUAAGUGGUUAUCCACUUGUGUUGGCUAAUCCGUGGUUUAUCUCUGUCUGUUGCUUGUGUCUCGUAUAGAUCCUCCACAUUCUGCACUGACCCUUGGACAUGACCUGCAAAUAUUUAUCACAUUACUUGUUUGCCCAGCUGGAGGCAACAUGCAAGAAGUUAUUAUGUAUUUUUCUGUUAUGUUACAAGGUAUUUUCUGUUUAAAACUAAUUGGUAGGCAAGGCAGCUUGGUGGCUUCUUUUCCAAUAACAAUGUCUAUUCAAGCAAGAGGGAAGAUAAUGCUCCCAAUUUAUUUUUAUGAUGCCUUCACAUUUGACCACUGGGUGGCGCUAACGUGCUGCAGAUGCAUUGGGCAGGCAGGGUCCUGCUGGCUGCUUCCCCUCACAUUCAACCCCAAAGCUCCAGUGCUAAUGAUCUCCAGGCUCAGAAAGCUAUGAUGAUGACUCAUGAAGGCUCUCGUCGUCAAUGCAUAAGAAGUAGAAACCUCCAACUUAUCCUGAUUGGAAGAUUCAAAGUCAUCAAACUGCCUUGUUCAAGAAGAGCAUGAGGUCAUUUCUAUGAAGGACAUCCGUGGCUGCCGCUAAUGAUAUACAUCUCACUGAGACUUGCCAACUUUGGAUAGCAAGUGCUUUUCACACCCGAAUACACUCUCGUUGUAAUCAUCAGCUUCCUCUUUACAGCAUCACUUGAUACAACGGUAACUUUGCAGCCGACAGGCCAGAUUGCAAGACGGGUUUGUUGCAACUCGGCAGUAUGUUCAGACAAACACGGCUUCAUUAGCCGCUUCCUUGCUGUCCUGUAGUGCAGGUGUGAGCGUCCUUGACACACAAUCAAUAGAGGACUCCUGCGGACGAGUAAUGAGAAAUUGUAAACUAAGCUGAAGUGCAGCCGACUCUUUUGGACAAUGCACUUUGUUGCCUGCCUG